AUGCUUUCUUUGCCCACACGGCGCAACUCGUUGUGCCUCUUUUGCGCCUCCGCCGCCCGCUCACCAGCGUCGAAACCUCAGCGCCUCCUCCCCCGAACCCAGGUCGCAUACCGAGUCCAGUCAAGAAAGCCAGCUCGAAAACAACCUCAAUUCAACCCUCGUCGUCCGGACAACCCAUUUCAAAUCUAUGCUCCCAAUCGCCACCUCCACAACCCGUUCGAGGCUAUCCGCCAUGUACUGGCACAAGUCGAGAGAAACCUUGGCCAGGCUGAGUCCCUCAGGUCGCUUCAAAUCACAACUGACGAAUAUGAUACCGUUUGGCUCUCCUUUCAACGCUCUAUAAACAAAGCCAUCAGGGAAGCGACGCCUGAGGUGAUAGAGUUGGCAGAAAAGGCCAAGGAAUAUCCGGGUCGAGUACAAGCAGAACUAAGGCAACGCUUCUACCACCAUCUAUAUGCUCCCAUGUUCACUCCCGCAGAGAAGGACAACCAGAAACAUGUGGCCGACUUGAGAUAUCCGGCUGAAUGGUACCCGGCUACAAGAGGAAUCCAACGGACCGUACACAUGCAUGUGGGACCGACCAACUCGGGCAAGACGUAUCAUGCUCUUAAACGUCUAGAAGAAGUCGAUUCGGGCAUCUAUCUCGGUCCACUACGCCUACUCGCUCAUGAGGUCUACACACGCCUCAAUGCAAAGGGGAAACCGUGCGCGCUCGUUACUGGCGAGGAGCAGCGCAUGCCCGACGACACUCGUGCCCGCAUGUUCAGUUGCACCGUGGAGAUGGCCCCACUCAACACCCCUUUCGAUGUCGCCGUCAUAGAUGAGAUACAAAUGAUCAGUCACCAAGAACGAGGUUGGGCAUGGACGCAGGCUUUCCUAGGCCUGCAGGCGAGGGAAAUCCAUCUUUGUGGAGAAGCGCGUACGGUGCCGAUAAUGCGGGAGCUUUGUGCUCUCGUAGGCGACAAAGUGCAUGUCCACGAAUAUAACCGUCUCACCCCUCUCCAGCCCAUGGAUCGUAGCUUGCAAGGUAACCUAAAUCUGCUCGAAAAGGGCGACUGCGUCGUCGCCUUUAGUGUCUUGGCUAUUCACGCUUUACGCCGAUUAAUCGAGAGAAAGACUGGCAAGAAGUGUGCUAUCGUGUAUGGAGGCCUACCACCAGAGACAAGGGCCCAACAAGCCCGCUUGUUCAACGACCCAGACAAUGACUAUGACUACUUGGUCGCCAGUGACGCCAUUGGCAUGGGCCUCAAUCUUGCCAUCAAACGUGUCAUCUUUGAAACUACUGUCAAGAACAACGGCGAGCAAUUGGUGCCUUUGCAAAUCUCCGAAAUCAAGCAGAUUGCCGGUCGCGCCGGUCGCUACAAGACUGCGCACCAAGCCAUUACCAAGGAUUCUGAAAAGGCAUCUGUUGCUGAUACCGCCAUUGAUCCAGUCAUUGGCCUCGAUGACAAGCAGCCAGACACAGAAGAAGUGGUCCAGGCCGAGCCGCAAACAGUCGGAUGGGCUACUACCCUGGAGAGAAAUGACUUGGUAUCCUUGAAAGCCGGCAUGAACAAGGAGCCUGAAGCCAUCACCUCAGCGGGUCUUUUCCCGCCCUCUGUAAUCGUUGAACGCUUUGCCAGCUACUUCCCGCCUGGUACACCUUUUAGCUACAUUUUGUUGCGGCUACACACAAUCUCCGAGAUGAAUCCUCGCUUUCAUCUUUGCGCACUCAGGGAACAGCUCGCAAUUGCGGAUGUACUCCAUCCACUCGAGAAUCUUAGCAUCCAAGACCGUAUCACGCUCUGCGCUGCGCCUGUUAGCUCGCGAAAGGCAAACGAGACCAAGUUCCUGAAAGAGCUCGCUACUUAUAUCGCUGAUGGAAAGUCGGGUAGCAUUCUUGACUGCGAAACCCUUCCACUCGGCGUCAUGGAUGUGCCGCUUGCCAGAACCCGCGAAUACCUUCGGUCUCUAGAAGAUUUGCACAAAAUGAUUGUAUGCUACCUGUGGCUUAGCUAUCGUUUCCCAAACAUCCUCACCACCAGAAGCCUUGCAAAUCACAUGAAGAAGCUUGUCGAAGAUAAAAUCGAGUAUACACUUACCCAGUUCUCCUUCACCGAGGAAUCCAGACUACGAAUCAAAAAGGAGAGAGAAAUAGCGAGGAAGUUAAUGGAUACUCCCAAGGAUACAGACGAGGAGGUUAGCCAAGCCUCUCCAUCUCCGGAGCAGCCCGAAGUAACCGCAAAUAUCUCAUCGAGGAACGAUGAUGAUGAACACAGUUCUGCUUGGUUUCGCCCCAGCUAUUGA